AUGGAGGAGUCGGUGGCGGGUGAAGCAGGCGUUGUGGACGAGCUGCUGGCCUUCCUGGGCGUUGGGAACCGGCCAGACGUGAGGAGGGAGGCGGUGCAGGGGCUGCUGGGCCUGACAGGCGGUGCGGAGGGCAGGAGGCUGCUGGCCGGGCGGCCGGAGGUGGCGGCAUCCUUGCUGGCCUUGGCGGGCGACCCCUAUGCGGCCCUGGCCCUGGACGCCUCCCGCGCCCUUGUCAACCUGGCCUCAGAACUGUCCGCCCACAAGGCCCUCCUGCUGGGGCUGCCCGUCCUGCUGCACCGUGCCCUGCUGGAGCCUCCCGCCGCUGCCUCUGGCGUGGAGGAGGAGGAGGAAGACGAUGACCUGCUGGCUGCCUUGGCUUGUGCCACCCUUGCCAACCUCUCCCGGGACGAGGCCUCGUGCAGGGAGCUCUGGCGGGUCCUGCAGCAGGAGGCCAGCAGCGGGCUGGCGCCACUGGUGGAAGAGGCCCUCCAUGUCCGAGGGGCCGGCGGCACCCGUGCCCCCCUGCAAGGUUACCUGGGCCCCCUGCUGGCCAACCUCAGCCAGCUGCCCGAAGCCCGAGUGGACCUCUUGGACAGAUCCAGGUGUGUGGUGCAGAGGCUGCUGCCCUCCACCCAGCACAUGGGCUCCUCCCUCUGGAGAGGCGGGGUGGUCGGGACCCUCCGGAACUGCUGCUUUGACUACGGGCACCAUGAGUGGCUGCUGAGUGAUGACGUGGAUGUGCUGCCCUUUCUGCUGCUCCCAUUGGCUGGUCCUGAGGAGCUUCCCGAGGACGAGAUGGAAAAACUGCCCUUGGACCUGCAGUACUUGCCCCCCGAGAAGCAGCGGGAGCCGGACCCUGAGAUCCGGAAGAUGCUCCUGCAAGCCAUCUUGCUGCUCACAGCCACCAAGCCAGGGCGGCAGCUGGUGCGGGAGAGAGGCACCUACUUCAUCCUGCGGGAGCUGCACAAGCAGGAGGCAGACUCGGGAGUUCUGACGGCCUGUGAGAAGUUGAUACAGGUUCUGAUUGGUGAGGAGCCAGAAGCUGGGAUGGAAAACCUCCUGGAGGUGGAGAUCCCUGUGAAAGUUGAGGAGCAGCUGCAGCGUCUGGAUCGCGAGGAGGAGCAGCGUGAGCAGCCUGCCCCUGGCUCGCCAGCCACGCAGGCAUAACAGGCCUCCCCUCUAGGAAGCCGCAGCCCCCCUCAUCUCCCUGCUGGGUGACUCGGACUGAAGGAACCACAUGAAACAGAGGCAGGAUUUGCAGGACCUUCUGAACGGCUGGUUGGCACUUAUUCUUGGGUGUGACCUGUGAAGGGUUGGCAACGACCUGGAGAACUCAGGAAAAGGAGCAGAUGUGCCCGUCUGGCCCAUGCUUGCCUGCCCUCCGUGGGUGGGAGGUCAGUGGCAAAGCCAAUUCUCAGGCACUCAACCCCUGGAACAGGAAUGCAGAACGAGGACUGCUGCGGCCCCAGUGACUGGCAGAGGAGGUAGUAAUUCAGCACAGAAAAAGAAACGGCCAGGAAGAGAGGCGGGGAAACAAGGAGGGUGUGCUGGAGAACGUGCUGGAAUGUUUGGCAAACCAUACUGCCUCAUACAGCCCAGAUCGGAGGCUCCUUCAAGGCCCAGCAAUGACAACUGGAACCAGGCCAUCAGAUAUUUAAAUGGUGCUGUUUUAAACUGAACUUUAGCAAAUUGUAUCUAUCUGAUGUUUUGAACCAGGCGUGGUCAAACUUGCUUAACCUGAGAGCCACACAGAAGAAAUGUCAGAAAUUUGAGAGCCACAAGAAGUGAACAUCAGAUGUUUGAAGGAAGGAAAAAUAGAUAGGAGGAGAGAGGUGGAAAGAAGGCAGCUUUAAAUGCAUUCUCUAUGCCGCUAGCUGGCUUGGCCUGGAGAACUGAUUUAAAGAGACAAAGUUGGCCAAUGGGCUGGAGGGGGCUUCGAGAGCCACAGUUUGGCCACCCGUUUUAAACCUUCUUGUAAUCCACCCGGAGUCCAUUUGAGGAACAUAAAUUGAAAUAAUGAAA